GCCGGGAGAGAGGCGGAGCGAGGGCGGUGCUCCUGCCGAGCUUCUGCCGCCCGCCGCGCCGUGCUGUGCCGGCUGUAAAGGGCGGAGAGCCCGCUGCUCCCCGCCAUGUCCAGGCACGUUUUCCUGACGGGACCCCCAGGGAUUGGAAAGACUACUUUGAUCCAGAAAGUCACUCAAGCACUAAAAUCCUCAGACGUUCCCAUUGAUGGAUUUUACACAGAGGAAGUUAAAGAAGGUGGCAGAAGAAGAGGAUUUGAUGUUGUCACUUUAUCUGGAAAACGAGGUCCUUUAUCUAGAGUUAGUUCUGAUUCUUCUGCUUCAAGACGUGAAUGUCGUGUUGGACAAUACGUUGUAGACGUUGCUUCAUUUGAACAGUUGGUUCUGCCUGUGCUGAGAAAUGUAAACCAGGGCAGUGAUGCAGAGAAAAAGAUUUGCGUCAUAGAUGAGAUUGGUAAAAUGGAACUCUUCAGCCAGGCUUUUAUUCAAGCUGUUCGUCAAAUGCUGGCUGGCUCUGGGACCGUGGUACUUGGAACUAUUCCCAUACCUAAGGGAAAGCCACUGGAUCUUGUUGAAGAAAUAAGAAGUAGGAGAGAUGUUGAAGUGUUCACUUUACAGAGAAAUUCUCAAAAACUUACCACAACAGAACUGCCUGUUCACUGGGAUACGUGUGAAGUUUCCUUAGCAUCUAUCAGUAAAGAAAACAGGAACAGCAUCUUGCAGGACAUCUUGGCAGCUGUGGAGUCAUGCAGACAAUGAAGACCUUUUCUUGCUUGUGCCCUGGAAAGAGAAAAGACACUCCCAGCAUUCGGAUAACUGUCUGUGGUUCUGACACUGUCCCUCCUUAGAUGGGAGGAGGGUUAAAGGACACAAUGGCCCUGUUCCCUGACAGCUCCAUUACACAGCUACUCUGGCCACAUUAAUUUGGAUAACAGUACAGCUUUCACAUCUGGGGAAAAGAGAAUUCUGAGAUCCCCUCCUUUAGGAAUAUACAGCUCUGGCCUGCUUUUCACAAUAAAAAGCUGUGUCCUCAAGGUAUUCAUAAUCCCCUCAUUAGUACAGGCAUCUGACUGUUGUCAGACAAGAAGGAUGAAGGGCUCCAAAUUCUGCCUGUACAGGACUUGCAACAAGAAAUGGAACUGUUGUGAAUGAAAUAUGUCUAGCUCCUGCCCCAGCAUUUACCAUUCAUUGCCUCUGGUAGCAGUGUCUGCUGCUCCUGCUUUACCCUGUUCUUUACUGAACACAGUAUAAAGCUGGAGACUCUUGGGUUAAAAAUCUAUCGGCCCAGAAUUUUUGAUGACAUAAAAUUAAUUCUUUCAUGCCCUUGCUUUAAUUUGCUGAACAAGGAGAGGAUACUGGCAAGUGUGACUUUUAACAUACCAAUAUAUUUGAAAUGGAGUUACUGGAAGGGAACAAGAACUUCAUUCAGAAAGGAGACUUAUAUGGAAGCCAAAAUCUAAAUUUAUUUUUUGAAAUGCAGGUAUUUAAACUAUGGAGCCUGGGAACUCCUGUAGUGGUUGCUUGAUGCUUUUUGUUGUCUGUUAAUUUUAAAUCCAAAGCAUUCUUAAGGCAUUGUUAGAUGGUUAGAUGGUGAAUGACUAAAGACCAAAGCACUUUCUUAGGUCUGUGUGCCACAGACUUUGGAGCAUAAGCCUCUCUGCUUUUACAUGCUGCAUACCUGACAAUUUCAGUGGAAUAAGUUAAGCUAUAAAAUACGCCGCCAAAUAAUAUUUCUUUCAAAUAAAUAGUUAUCAAAAUUCUCAGAAAUGUUAAAGGUCUGACUUUUAAACCUAAAAUGGAUAUAUUUGAUACUUAAGUAUAGGCAGGAAAGGGAAUUUCUUCAGGAGUGAUGAUGGCAGAGUUCACAUUUCUAAACUCCAGUUCAGGCAGUUUUGUUAGAGUUGCAUCACCUCGUGAUGUUUGUUCCUCAUAAGAGGAGGUAUAUUGCCCUGCUCAAUGCAUUCCAUAAUUAGACUGGAAAAAAAGAAUCUUCAGCUCUGCUAAGUUUUGAGCAGUGUGCUGAUGGGACCUUGUUUAGUGAGGGGAGUUAGUCACUGGAACAACUUACCCAAAAUGGAGGUGAAUUUUUCCUUCUCUGCUGUGAAUGAAACAUCAGCCUUUUAAACCAGAGGGUAUUUUUUGCCACUGACAUUAGUGGCUCUUGCUUUCUGCUGCCUGGCUCUAGAUUGGUGACUCUUUUUUUUUUGUUCUUGUUGCUGUUCUUUAAAUCCAUCUUCUGAGCUACACAGUGCUUUUAGGAGAAAUAAAGAGAAAUUUUGUGAUCUAUGUUCAGCAGGAGAUCCUAAAUGGUUUCAACAGUCAUUUCUGGCUUUUUUGUUCUGAGACAGUCCUAAAGAAAUGAUUUGCCUGUCCCAAAUAUGCACUGAGAAAGCAGUAUUAGCAACUGAAGUUAGCUUCUGUGUUUACUUCAGAGGUAAAAAAAAAAAUAAUGUAUUCUCUGGUCUUACAGUAGUAAAAUAUUUGGAAAGCCUUGACAGAACUGUAACAACAAACAGCAUUCACCAUUCCCCUGAUGGGCUAAUUUUACUAAUAGCACACAUUUGGUGAAAAUAACCUCUGAUGUAACAGCAAGAUUCCAGAUGACAAUAUUAGUGCACCUGCAGGUUUUAAUUGGUGCAAAAAAGAGGGGACUGUGAGGUACCAAUUAUUUUCUCAAAGCCUGAGAAUUGAGGACAUUUUUGGCAAGGAGGCUUGUAAUCCAACAUAAAUAGCACGCAGCGUGGAAUAAACAGGGCCUGUAUUAUUUAUCAUGCAUUAGACCAUUUCUGACUUGUAAUACUCUGAGAAGGCUGAAUGAGAGGUGAAUCUUUAACAUUGGACCUACUGCAAAGUUAAUUAUAAGUAAUAUGUCUGUCUUGCAGAUUUCAGGUUGUACAAGCAGUAGUGAAAUGCUGUAAAUACCAGCUCCCGGUCCAGGGAGCAAUCUAAAAAUGGCAAUAAUUGGGUAGUUUAAAAAA